AUGUCUGACAAGUUAGCCAAAACCAUUCAACGUUUUCAGUCCAAGAUUGAUUCUGGCUCGUUUUAUGAAGCUCACCAAACAUUGAGAACAAUAACAAACAGAUAUGUUAAAGCUAAACAGUAUCCUGAAGCUAGAGAUCUCUUAUACCAAGGUGCCACUAUUUUGAUUCAAAACAAGGAAUAUGCUUCCGCUUCGGACUUGAUUAUCUACCUUGUACAAAUUUACGAAGAAGAAGAAUUGAAAGUUACCGACAAGGAUGCAAAACUUAAACUAAUUGAAUUGAUUUCAAGCUUGCCCAACAACGAUCCCCUGCUCAACGAUUUAGCGAAGGCUAGCAUAACGUGGUCACAAAAGUCACAAGGAUGCAAGAACUUUGGUGACAAUGAUUUGCAUCAUUUGUUUGGGUCCAAAUUUAUACAAGCAGCAGAAGGAGAAAACAUAGACUACGAGCAAAAGGUUAAAAUUUUUGCUGUUGCAGAAUUGCACUUGGUCUUGGGUACGUUUGAAUCUGUACCGAUUUAUGUCAACUUUCUAGUUGGAACUGCUAGAGCCAAUCCCGAUGCUGAUCAAGGGGCUCUUUUAGCCAGAGCCGUGUUGAAUUACGCAUAUUUGAAGAAUAUCAAGUUUGUACAAGAAGCAAAAUCACUAUUUCUCAGAAGCGUCAAUAUCGAGGCAGAGGCAGAGGCAGUUGGAAAUGUGCAAUAUUUUGAAAGGAAGCCAUUGCUCAAUUUCGUUCAGUUGUUGAUUGAGGUCUUGCAAAAGGAUCCGCAAACAAAUGGUCAAAAGUUUAGAAAGUUAUAUGACCAUUAUAAAAGUAUAUUAAAAGAGAGGGAAUUGUUGGCUCCAGUGGAAUAUUUGGGCAAAUUAUAUUUCAAUCUAAACAUUGGCAAUUCAAACAAUCAAGGAGGCUUAAUGGCCAAUUUAAUGGGUGGGUUAUUUAAGUAG